AUGGUGGAACCUCCGGCCCCAGGCACGCAGCCCGUGAUUGUGCAGUGGCUCGUCGACACGCGCAAGCUAUGGCCCAAGGCCGAGAAAACGGCGCAGCUCGAGACUGAGGCGGCAAGAGCCCUGGCCCUCCUCAACCCCGAGGAGCGCAAGUCGGUACUCAAGUACCUCUUUGUGCGCGACGCCAAGAUGUCUCUGGCCUCACAUCUGCUUAAACACUACGCCAUCUCGCGCCUCGUGGGGAUCCCGUGGUCCAAGACCAACAUCACCCGCAACGCCAAAACGAAGCCUGUCUACGUAGACCCGGCCACCGGCAGGUCGCCGCUCGACUUCAACGUGAGCCACCAGGCAGGGCUCGUGGCCCUCAUUGCCGGUUAUGGGUUUGGCCAGGAGGAAGCGACAGGUGCCGCCGCCAUCGAUGUGGGCUGCGACGUGGUGUGCGUCAAUGAGCGGGAGGACCGGGACCACGGCGUUAUUGCGCGCGAGGGCUGGCGCUCGUUCGUGGACAUGCACGCCGACGUUUUUGCACCGGGUGAGGCCUCUUACCUCCAGCAAGGGGUCGUGGCGGCCAACUUCCAGCAGCAGGACGGGAUGGGCACGGGGCCGAGGGCCCUCAAUAGCUUCAGGCUGCGGUGCUUCUACACGCUGUGGUGCCUGCGCGAGGCGUAUGUCAAGAUGACGGGGGACGCGCUGCUUGCGCCGUGGCUGCAGGCGCUCGAGUUUAGGAACUUUGUGCCGCCGAAGCCAGCGCCAAAGAUGAGCGAGGAGAGGGGGGAUGGGGAGGAUGUCGUGGAGAAGUUCGACAUUGUGUUUGAGGGGAAGAGGGUGGAGGAUGCGAAUGUGUGUCUGAGGAGCGUUGGCCCGGAUUACAUGACCUGCUCGGCGAUCCGCACGCCGCAGAACAAGGAGGUCGGGCUGGGGAUCAGGCUGGGGCCAUAUGAGGUGGUGGAGAUUGAGCAGAUUCUGGAUCACGCCGAGGCCACUCAAUGAGGCAAGAUAGACAAAGAAGUUUCUCUUAUUUCUUUUCUUUUUUAGGCCCGCCGUGUUGGUGACCAGUGGGGGUAAGCCGCGGCAGGAUGAGGCCAUAUCCAGACGCCAGCAAGGAGAGCGAGAGCGAGGUCCACACCGCUGAGACGCCGUCGUGCUGACUUGACUAACUACCGUCACCUCAGUCCGAAAUCAAAAUAGAAUGGGGGAAUGGCGUUCCUGCCUGCUUCUCCCAAAGUCUAUAGUGGUCUUGUAUUCAAAUGUGUCAGCC